GUUUCCGGUGUCGGUCGUCCACUAGCCAGCACACAGCUUUGUGAGCGCUGGUAAAUUUAAUUCAAUUUCAAAAUGGGAAGACGUCCCGCAAGAUGUUAUCGCUACAGUAAGAACAAACCGUAUCCGAAGUCGCGGUUCUAUCGGGGUGUUCCCGACCCAAAGAUCCGUAUCUUCGACCUUGGUCGCAAGAAGGGUAUGGUGGAGGACUUCCCGCUUUGUGUCCACCUGGUGUCCGACGCGUACGAACAGCUGAGCUCGGAAGCGCUGGAAGCAGGUCGUAUCUGCUGCAACAAGUACAUGGUCAAGUUCUGCGGCAAGGAACAGUUCCACAUCCGUAUGCGGCUGCAUCCGUUCCACGUGAUUCGGAUCAGUAAGAUGUGUGCCGGAGCCGAUAGGCUUCAGACGGGAAUACGUGGUGUCUUCGGUAAGCCGCAGGGAACCGUAGCCCGGGUGCGCAUCGGGCAGCCAAUCAUGUCGGUUCGUUCCAGCGACCGCUUCAAGGCUCAGGUCGUAGAGGCGCUGUGUCGUGCCAAGUUCAAGUUUGUUUCAUUUAGAGUUGAAAUAAAUUUGCAACAUCGAGCUGCUGCAUUGAGGCCUUCAAGCUGGCCGGAUGGAAUCAAAUGUCGAGAGUUCAAGGAUCUAAGGAUAGCACCGUGGUAG